GUUAAAGUCCUUCGCCCCAAAAAAGACCGGUUACAGUACAUAUCUGGGUUUGGGUUAUUUAUGGGCCGAGAUAUGCCCAAAUCCAGUACACGAAACUUGCACAGCUCCUGUUGAAAACUAGGGCGUUUCAUUUCCUUCUUGGCCUUCAUCUGAUCCCCUGGUUUUGAUUGAUCUCAUUUCUCUCAUUUCUCUCUCAGAAUGACCAAAUUCAGGAAGCUUGGUCGCCCUACGGGCCAUCGUAUGUCCAUGCUCAGAACAAUGGUUUCGCAGUUGGUGAAGCACGAGAGAAUUGAAACUACUGUUGCUAAGGCGAAGGAGGUUCGGCGACUUGCAGAUAAUAUGGUACAACUUGGUAAAGAGGGUUCCCUUUCUGCUGCGAGGCGUGCUGCUGCUUUUGUGCGGGGGGAUGAUGUCAUACACAAGCUAUUUACAGAACUGGCUUACCGAUACAAAGAUAGAGCAGGUGGAUACACAAGACUACUUCGAACUCGCAUACGAGUUGGUGAUGCGGCACCAAUGGCAUAUAUUGAGUUUAUUGACAGAGAAAAUGAACUUAGGCAGUCAAAACCACCGACUCCACAACCACCACAGAGAGCUCCUCUGGAUCCAUGGACAAAAUCUCGGCUUAGCAAACAGUUUGCGCCCCCUAAGGAGGAGAAAAGCUCUGAGCCCGAGAUUUAAAUCAUUUCAACUUUCUCUCAAGAAUGUUGGUUUUAUCCUUUUUUAUCAGUACAAAUUUAAUCACAUUUAUCCUGAUGUUACAUAUUUAAGCAUAAGGCAGAAACUCUCUAGUUGUAACAUCUCAAUCCUUGUCUGUGGUUGCUAUAAUUUUCAUUGAAACAUACAGAAGAACAUUCCUACAAACAUAGACUGCACCAUCUUCAAUGAAAAUGUGAAGAUAUUCCUAGUUUGGUAGCAAUGCUGAUCUCUUCAU